AGCACUGGGAGCCGCUGCCUGCCUUUGCGAAGGAAUGUGGCAGCUACCCGCUCCGCUUCUUCUCCGUAGAGAUGGAUGUUUGACAGAUGUUUUGAGGAAAAGAUGCCUGGAGCGCCUGUUGUGAUUUUAUUGAAUAACUAUAAUGCUCAUGACAACAUGGCCUCAGGACCCACUGUUACACUUUCCCUUCCGUUACCACCUGUGGAACCGUCAGGUGGAGUUUGUCCCUCUUCUGUGACGCUCAAGCUGCCGAGGCCCCCGAAAAUGUUCUCGGCACUGAAGAAGCUGGUGGGGUCCGAGCCCGGGCAGCUCAGGGACAAAAACAUUCCCGCCGGCCUGCAGUCCAUGAACCAAAGUUUGCAGAGGCGCUUUGCCAAAGGAGUGCAGUACAACAUGAAAAUCGUCAUACGGGGAGACAGAAAUACCGGGAAGAGCACUUUAUGGCAUCGACUGCAGGGCAAGAAGUUCGUGGAGGAGUACAUUCCCACUCAGGAGAUCCAGGUCACAAGCAUUCAUUGGAAUUACAAAACUACCGACGACGUGGUGAAGGUGGAGGUGUGGGAUGUGGUGGACAAAGGCCAAAAAUACCCUCUUCCCGAAGGCGUAGGCAAAGGCAAACGGCGCGGGGACAACUUGAAACUGGAGAACGAGCCUCAAGAGUCAGACGAGGUGGCCCUGGAUGCCGAGUUCCUGGACGUGUACAAGAACUGCAACGGGGUCAUCAUGAUGUUCGACAUCACCAAACAGUGGACGUUCAGCUACAUCCUGAAGGAGCUGCCCAAAGUGCCCACCCACGUGCCCGUGUGCUUGCUGGGGAACCACAGGGACAUGGGGGAGCACCGCGUCAUCCUGCCCGACGACAUCAGAGACCUCAUAGCAGGACUGAACAGACCGAUGGGGUCGUCUUACAUCCACUACGCCGAAUCCUCCAUGAAAAACGGCUUCGGCUUGAAGUAUCUUCACAGAUUUUUCAACAUCCCCUUCCUUCAGCUACAGAGAGAGACCCUCCUGAGGCAGCUGGAGACCAACCAGCUGGACAUGGACGCGACCCUGGAGGAGCUCUCGGUCCAGCAGGAAACGGAGGAUCAGAACUAUGAGAUUUUCCUGGAGAACCUGGAGUCCCGCAGCAAGGGCUACGGCUCGCCGGGUCCAGCCAACGGUCAGAGUCCCUCGUCCGGCUCCCAGUCCCCCGUCGUCCCCCCCAGCGGCGCCUCCACCGGCAGCUCCAGCCCCAGCACCCCGCAGCCCGCUGCCGUUCUCAGCCAGGCGCCUCCCCAGUCCCCGUCCGCGCCCGCCUCCUCCCCCCCGCCUCCCCCGCCGCCGCCGGCCGGACCCGCCGCCGCCGCAGCGUCGCCCACGGCCGAGGCCAAGCCCCCCGCCCAGUCGCCCGAGCACCAGCAGGCCCCCGGGGGCCCGGGCCCCCAGAAGCGCAGCUUCAUCUCCCGCUGGUUCGGCUCCUCCCCCGCCGACGCCGCCGCCUCCACGCCGGAGGACGCCCCCGCCCCGGCGUGUCCGGCCGCUAAGGUGCAGAGCGUGGACGACUUUGUGCCGGAUGAAGGACUGGACAAGAGUUUCCUGGAGGACAGCCUGCCCUCCAAAAGCAGGGCGGCUCCACCACCGUCCACAGCUACGGCCGGGGACAGCGACAGUGAUGGUGAAAAUCGAGGGAACCCCAUGGUGUCCGGGUUCCAAGACGAGCUGGACCCCGACGACACGGAGCCCAGCCUUCCCCCGGCCAAGAGCACAAAAGAUGUCACUCUGACCAGCGACGAGGAGGAGGAGCCGAAGCCAGCGGUCCCCACGGUCACUAAGGACCAGGAUCUGGACAGUGAGCCCGAGCUCAAAGCGCCUGUGAUCCAUCUCCUGAAGCCAAAGGCGGCGUCCAAACCUCCGGACCCCAAAAGCCAGCCCAUCUCCCUCACGCUGACGCCGGCCUCGGAGCAGCCCGCCCGGCAGCCGGGCAAAAAGAAGGGAGGCACCCCCAAAGCCGAGGACUCGGACUCGGACCCCGAGGCCCCCGUGGCCCAGCAGAUGCUCUCCUUCGUCAUGGACGACCCCGACUUUGAGUCGGAGGCCUCGGACACGCCCAAAAUUCCAAAGGAAACGUUCCCCGUCAGAGACGAGCUCCUGUCCGACCUCUCGGACGACGACCCGCAUCUGGCCAAGGUCCCUGAACCCCUGAAGCCCACCCUGAUCUCCUUCAAACCCAAGGACGACACGGACCUGUUCGGCCUGGGAUUCCAAGAGGAGCCCCCAGCUGCGAAGGACAGCAGCGAGGACCCGGAAGAAAAAGAAAGCAAACACUCCUCCAAAGACAAGAAGAAGAAGAAAAAGAAGAGCAGCAAGGAGGAGGACGACAAGAGCAAGAAAAAACACAAACACAAGAAAAAGGAGAAAGAAGAGGGCGGCGCGGCAGACGAAAAGGAGAAGAAGAAGAAGAAGCCCCGGCCCAAGAAGACGGAGGUGGACGAGCUGGAGGACUUCCUGGGCGGAGGGUCGGAACCGGUGAAGAGAGAGGACGGCGACUACGAAGAACUAUAAGAGCUCCUCUUUUGGUCUGGACCUGCUGCCAGUGGAGUCAUUGUUUUAAAAACAAAAAAGAAAGAAAGAAAGGGGUUUUUUUCAUUUUUUCUUUUUAACUCCUUCCCUGAGGUGUGUGUGUGCAUAAGGCAGCGUUUUCUAAGCCAUACACUACCCACAUCACCCAGGUUCAAAUCAAGGCCUCCACUUCCUGUUCGCGCCACUUCCUGAACUGCCCCAGCUUCCAUCCCGACCAAUGAGAGAGAGGCUGCAGACCGGCUGGGCCUGGACUUAUACAGGUGGCUGUAAAUAGGCCUGAACAGUGGUCAGGGGGAAUAACUGAGAGCACUCUGACUCCCGGAACCCCCCCACGGCGUCCCUUCAUCAUCUCUCUCCCUCCUGUUGGCUGGAAUGGCUCGUGGAAAAAAUAAGACGACUGAUUUUAAGAUUUUUGUUUUAGACUUUUAAGGGUUUUUUUUUUGUCACUCCAAGAGCUCAUCAUCCAGCUCAUCACGUUUGCAAGAGCUUUCCCACUUUCUGAUGUCUUUCUCCCACCUUUAAAUGUCCAGGACAUCUUCACAUCUUUUCCUUUUCCAUGCCAAUUGUGGUCAGGUUUUUGUUUUUUUUUAAACCCGCAACUCUGCACGACGGAAUCUGUUUACAGGAUUUCUACAGCCGUAAAAAAAGAAAAAAAAAAACAAGAAAGGAGGACUCCCCGAACGUGUUGAAUUUGGGGCGUUUUGCCGUUUACAGGCCACAGGUCAGCUCCUCCCCCAGGUUCCGUUUUCAGUUCAGUUUUGGAAACUCUGGGAAACUUUUCCUUUGCAUGCGGCGGUCCCGUUUACAUCUCCGGACCGGGACCGAGAAAUCCUGCUCACAUAUGUUUUUAAUGCUCACAACUGACAUAUCUGCCCAUAUCUGCAUGUCAGGCUUUAAAACAAUUGGUAGAAAAAACGCCACGGGGGGGGCGGGUUGUUCUCUCUUAGAUGGCUUUGAAAUUCCAUCAACUCGCUCGUUAAAUAAAAAAUGGAGUCGUAGCAAAUAAUGGAAAAACAUGAACAGGAUCACUGUUUUUUUUGUGGGUUUUUUGUGUUUUAUUUAAUAUUAGCUGAUGAGCCCCCCCCAUUCACUCCCCAGUUAGAUUCUCCUCCCAUUCCCUGCAUUGCCUUAAAAGUCAACACAAGAAACUGACGUGCAGCUGUCCCCCUUCUAAGUGUUCUUACUGUAAAUUGUUGGCUGUCGUUUGUUUUUCUUUUCGUUUUCGGUGGAUGUGCAGCCUCCCUGAAGCCCGUCAUGAGGUCCCCGUUAAACGCUACGCUCAUCAACCAUGUUUUUUUUGUUUUAUUUCCUCUCAGGAAAUAUUUCCUCUCCAGAGCGGUCCUUCUAAAGGACGCUGCUGUCCCCCAGAUCGUGUCCAUCUUUUAUUCUUCACUUAUUUAUUGCCUGCCUUUUGUGUCGUCGCAAAACUUCAGGGUUUCCCCUCGUGUGAUUUGUUUAGUUUGUUUGUGCGUUUGUUUGUUUGUUUGUGGUACUU